UAGAAAUAGAUGUUAGAGUAACGAUUAAGAUCCAUCUCAGUUUAAAAUCAGCAAAACCCUUUAAUUGAUUGCUAUUUUAGAUCAGAAUGUUCUCCCGAGAGAUUGAAACGAAAAUCUCAGAAAUCCCAAUAAAGCAUAAUUUUAACUUCCCCUGUAGAUUUAUCAAAAUUAUCCCUAGAUUCGUUGCAUAGAGAGGAACAAUGUCGACGAUUUUGAGAUCUAUUUGGAUGGUAAUCAAACAGUGAAAGAGGGGUGGCUAUAUUAGAGUAAAAGAGUGUAUGUCCAGUUAACGAGGCAAUCGAUUAAGGAGUACAAUGACGAAUAAAAACAAUAACUCAUAAGAGUGUUGUCAUUAAAGGAAUUCGAGUUCGUCGUUGAAUAGGAGAGGCAGUUGAUCAAGAUCACUUUCACUCAUCUCAAAUAAAUUACCCUAUAUUAAGCUAAGGAUGUCGUUGAAGCCAAGAUGUGGGUCAAUAGUUUGAACAUUGUGUUUGACAAACAUAGGAACUACCCCAAAAAUAGAGUGCAAUUGUUAGAAGUACCUAGAUAUUUGGGGGUCGAAGUGAUUUCUGAAGACAGCUUUUUGAAGAUCGUUGAAUCAGGGGAUCUUUUACUUUUUGAAACCAAUAAUACAGGGGCCAAAUUGUAGAGAAUAUUCACAAAUACAAAAUAUGAUCAUGUUGCCAUUGCUAUCAAAAUGGCUAACAAAUAUCUAUUCGUUUUUGAUGCCAAUGCUGACACUGGAGUUACAUUUUUAGAAUGGUCAUAAUUCAUAGAAGUCAAUGAUUUAUAUGAAAAGUAAGACCAAAUUUAUAUUUUAGGUUGGCUAUUCGUAAAUUGAUGAAUGUCAAUAGAGCUGAUAUUGAAAAAAAAAUGAUUGAAUUUUUGCAACAAGUUCACGGGAAGAAAUAUGAAGUGACACUGAGCAAACUAUUCAGAUAAAAGAGUUAAAGUCCUUCCAAGAAAAAUGACACUUACUUUUGCUCAGAAUUAGUAGCCAAGGCCUAUAAGAAAUGUGGACUCUUGGAAUCCGAUAAAGCUUGCAGUUCCUUCUGGCCAGUUGAAUUCACUAAACCAUUGAAAUUUAGUAAAGAAGCUCUGAUUACUGAUGACAUUGUAGUUAUACUUAAAAAGCAUUUGGCUAUAAAAUCAUGA